CGGUCUCUUUUAUGAUGGAGGGAAGCCGGCAGACGCGAGUGUCACGGCCGUACAAGAUCAGCGAAUCCUCAAAGGUGUACCGCUGGGCCGACCACUCGAGCACGGUGCUGCAGCGGCUGAACGAGCAGCGUCUGCGCGGGCUCUUCUGCGAUGUCGUCCUGGUGGCGGACGAGCAGCGCGUGCCGGCCCACCGCAACCUGCUAGCCGUGUGCAGCGACUACUUCAACUCCAUGUUCACCAUCGGCAUGCGCGAGGCCUUCCAGAAGGAGGUGGAGCUGGUCGGCGCUUCCUCUGUCGGGCUCAAGGCCGUGGUGGACUUCCUGUACGGCGGGGAGCUGGCCCUGGACGGCGGCAACAUCGACUACAUCCUGGAGACGGCCCACCUGCUGCAGAUCUGGACGGCGGUGGACUUCUGCUGUGAGUACCUGGAGCAGGAGGUGAGCGAGGACAACUACCUGUACCUACAGGAGCUGGCCUCCAUCUACAGCCUCAAGCGGCUCGACGCCUUCAUCGACGGCUUCAUCCUGAGCCGCUUCGGCACGCUGUCCUUCACGCCCGACUUCCUGCAGAACGUGUCCAUGCAGAAGCUGUGCGUCUACCUGAGCAGCAGCGAGGUGCAGCGGGAGUGCGAGCAUGACCUGCUGCAGGCCGCCCUGCAGUGGCUCACGCAGCAGCCCGAGCGCGAGGCCCACGCCUACCAGGUGCUGGAGAACAUCCACUUCCCGCUCAUCCCCAAGAACGACCUGCUGCACCGCGUCAAGCCGGCCGUGUGCUCGCUGCUGCCGCGGGAGGCCAACUGCGAGGGCUUCAUCGAGGAGGCGGUGCGCUACCACAACAGCCUGGCGGCCCAGCCGGUCAUGCAGACUAAGCGCACGGCGCUCCGCACCAACGAGGAGCGCCUGCUCUUCGUGGGCGGCGAGGUCUCCGAGCGGUGUCUGGAGCUCAGCGAUGACACCUGCUACCUGGACGCCAAGAGCGAGCAGUGGGUCAAGGAGACGCCCCUGCCGGCCCGGCGCAGCCACCACUGUGUCGCUGUGCUGGGGGGGUUCAUCUUCAUCGCCGGCGGCAGCUUCUCCCGGGACAAUGGAGGGGAUGCGGCGUCCAAUCUUCUUUAUAGGUAUGACCCCCGCUGUAAACAGUGGAUCAAGGUAGCCUCCAUGAACCAGCGCCGCGUGGAUUUCUACCUGGCCUCCAUUGAAGACAUGCUGGUGGCCGUCGGCGGCCGGAACGAGAAUGGAGCUCUUUCCUCGGUGGAGACUUACAGCCCCAAGACCGACUCCUGGUCCUACGUGGCCGGCUUGCCAAGGUUCACCUACGGCCACGCGGGCACCAUCUACAAAGAUUUCGUGUACAUCUCGGGGGGCCACGACUACCAGAUCGGCCCCUACCGCAAGAACCUGCUGUGCUACGACCACCGGACGGACGUGUGGGAGGAGCGGCGACCCAUGAGCACGGCGCGGGGCUGGCACAGCAUGUGUAGCCUGGGGGACAGCAUCUACUGCAUCGGCGGCAGCGACGACAGCAUCGAGUCCAUGGAGCGCUUCGAUGUGCUGGGCGUCGAGGCCUACAGCCCGCAGUGCAACCAGUGGACCCGCGUGGCGCCCCUCCUGCACGCCAACAGUGAGUCGGGGGUGGCCGUGUGGGAGGGCCGCAUCUACAUCCUGGGCGGCUACAGCUGGGAGAGCACGGCCUUCUCCAAGACAGUGCAGGUGUACGACCGCGACAAGGACAAGUGGAGCAAGGGCCCCGACCUGCCCAAGGCCAUCGCCGGGGUGUCCGCCUGCGUGUGCGCCCUGAAGCCGCGGCUGGAGGACAAGAAGAAGAAGGGCAAGGGCAAGAGGCACCAGGACCGGGGCCAGUGACGCCCCCGCACCCACCCCCACCCCCCCGCCUGCGCCUGGCGGGGACCUGGUCCCCGCCACCACCUGCCAGAGCGUCUAGACCAGCAACAACUUCGUAGCAUCCUGGAACCAUGAUAUACUUCUUAGCAGCUUUUUUUACUUUUAUGAUUCUUGGUAUUUCUAUGAUAUCACAGUAACCGAUUAAAUAUUCUGUAUAAUUUUACAUAUUAUUUUGCUUGAAUAAUUAAACCCGGGCCCAGGCAGAAAAUAGCCCCUCAUCUCUGUGCAGGGCUUCUUCCCUCGUUCUGAGUCUCCCCGAGGAUGCCACCUCACUGCCCCCCCCCGAAGUACCUAGGGCAGGGCUUAUGCAGAAAUUUUUGUGAGCGAAAGUAGGGGCCGUGGUGGGGACAGUUGGGAUCCCCCAGUCCAUGCCUCUCUCAGCUUGGCUGAGCUGUUGGAUUC